AUGGCACACCCACUUCAAUUAGGAUUCCAAGAUGCAGCAUCUCCAAUCAUAGAAGAACUCUUGCACUUCCACGACCAUACGCUAAUAGCAGUAUUUUUAAUCAGCACCCUUGUUCUAUAUAUUAUCUCCACGCUUAUAAGCACUAAACUCUCCAACACAAACACAAUUGACGCACAAGAAAUUGAAAUAGUCUGAACUAUUAUACCCGCUAUUAUCUUGAUCGUAAUUGCUCUCCCAUCGCUUCGAAUUCUUUAUUUAAUGGACGAAGUUAGCAACCCAGACGUAACAAUUAAGGCUAUCGGCCAUCAAUGAUACUGAAGCUAUGAAUACUCUGACUUUAACGACUUAAGCUUCGACUCCUACAUGAUCCCCUCCAAAGACCUUCUCCCAGGCCAAUUCCGCCUCCUAGAAGUCGAUAACCGAAUAACCACGCCGGUAGGUAUGACCACCCGAACCUUAAUCACAGCGGAAGAUGUUCUACACUCAUGAGCUGUUCCCUCCCUAGGUGUAAAAUUAGACGCAAUUCCAGGACGUCUAAACCAAACUUCAUUCAUUAUCUCACGACCUGGGGUAUACUACGGGCAAUGCUCCGAAAUCUGCGGAGCUAACCAUAGCUUCAUACCUAUUGUUGUCGAAUCUCUACCCAUCAAAGAAUUCUUAAACUGAUCUUCUGCCUCAGUAAACGCCU